AUGGCUCCGCGCCGCGGUGCGAUCGAAUCUCCUGAACCAGAAGAACCAUCUACAAGCUUAGUCUUUGAUGAACCAUUAUCAUGGCGCGCAGGAAAGCCCAUUGCAACCGAAACUCUAUUGAAGAGACUUAAGAAGCUCGCGAGCGAGUUGCGGGAUAUGGACCAGGAGGAAAUUGAUAAAUCAUCAUUGACUGUUGUGGCCAAGGAGCUUGCGGCGCAGAAUUUAUUAAACCAUAAGGACAACGGCGUCAAGGCAUGGGCAGGAUGUUGUUUGGUAGAUAUAUUGAAGCUUUGCGCUCCAGAUGCACCAUAUACUAGUUCGCAGGUCAAGAACAUCUUCGCCUUCUUUGUCACCACCAUUUUACCAGCCCUUUCCAAUCCUAGCCACACAUACAAUACCGAGCACAAAUAUGUUUUGUCAUCUCUCGCAGAAGUCAAAAGUAUCGUUUUGAUGACAGAUCUUCCUAAUGCUGAGGAUCUCAUGCUUCAUCUAUUCAGCACUUUCUUUGACAUUUGCUCCGGUUCCUCGAAAUCUUCUACAGGGGAACAAAUAAGUAAAGAUGUCGAAUACAAUAUGUCACAAUGUUUAGUUACUUUGGUGGAUGAAGCGCCAGUGGUGGGUCCUCAUGUUAUCGAUAUUAUCGUUGCACAAUUUCUACGAGCUGCUACGCCUAGUGGAGGUAAAAGCAAGCACGGUGCAAAGGCCGAUGACAAGCAAUCCACGCUAUUGUUGAAAGAUUUACCGGAAGCAUACAAUAUGGCAAAGACCAUCUGUAAUGACUGCUCUGAUAAGAUGUCUCGUUAUGUUAGCCAAUAUUUUAACGAUGUUAUGAUGGAGGUUUCUACAAGUGGAGGUAAAGCAAACGGACAUCGAAAGGAUGAUGCAGAUUCGGAUGAAGAUGAUGCACCCACAGGGCCAACAGAUUCCGACCUGAAAGAACUCAACAAGGCCCACAGACUUCUGAGAGAAUUGUGGCGUGCAUCACCUGCGGUUCUACAGAAUGUCAUUCCUCAGGUGGAGGCAGAAUUAUCGGCGGAGAAUAUCCAAUUACGAAUGUUAGCUACCGAGACUUUAGGAGAUAUCAUCUCUGGUAUUGGUGCUGCAGGACCACCACCUCUUCCAAAUAUGGACCCAGCUGCAUAUCCUCCUGUACGACUUGAUGACUACCCGGUAACACCCAUCACAAGCAUUCUUAUCAAACCCAGUUCGCCACAGUCAUUCUCUCAGACACAUCCAUCUGUUUGGCAUAGCUUCAUUGGUCGAAAAAAUGACAAAUCCCCAGUCAUCCGAUCAGCUUGGACCACAGCCAUAGGUCGAAUCUUGGUUACUCAGGCAGGAGGUAUUGGACUAAAUCGGGAAGACGAAGUUGCACUGGUCAAGUCAUUGGCAGAGAAGUUGAAUGAUCCAGACGAGAAGGUCCGAGUUGCUGCUGUGAAAGCGGUUGCAAGCUUCAAUCUGGUGGAUAUUAUGGAAAAGCUUGCGCCUAAUGGCCCAGUAACCAAGUCCGGUUCUGUUCUUAGCAACUUGGCCGACCGAGCAAGAGAUCGUAAGCCCGCGGUUCGAGCAGAGGCUAUGACAACUCUUGGUACUAUAUGGGGUGUAGCUACGGGUGAGAUUGCUGCGGGAAAUGAGAGUGUUAUUGCUUCAUUAGGGGCUAUUCCCUCGAGGAUUUUCGAUGCUUUCUUCGCCAAUGAUUCAGAGCUUAAUGUUUUGUUAGAUCAUGUGAUGUUCGAGCAGCUCUUACCUUUGACCUAUCCUCCUUCAAAGAUCAAAGGCUCGAAGAAUGGCUCGUCUCAAUCCCUCUUAUCUUCCGACGAACCAUUCGAUGCAGACAGAAUCCGAGCAGAGCGCAUCUUAUUAUUAGUUCGAUCUCUUGAUCCUAAACCCAAGAAGGCCUUUUUUGCUAUACAGGCCCGGACAAAGUCAUAUUCUGAUGUUUUCACUGCAUAUAUUAAAAAAUGCGAAGAGUUCAACGGCGGAGUAACCGGUGGUGAUGCUGCAGAUGCUAGACAAAAGCUGAACGCAGUGAUUGAAUACCUCCUUCAAUUCUUUCCAGAUCCUCUUAGGACAAGCCAAGAUUUACAUAAAUAUGCGAAGCUUCAUGAUAGGAGAACUUAUCAACUUUUACGGUACACAAUGGAUCCUAAGAGCGAUUUCAAAACUGUUCACAAUGCGAUCAAAGAAUUCUCUAAACGUAUUGAGGCAGCACCGAACGCUCCAGCUGGUCUCCUCGAUACUCUCACGCCCCUUAUUUACCGUUCUGCAUUCUUGAUAUACAAUCGGAGUCAUUUGCCUACUAUUCUCCAGUUCUCGAGAACUGAUGAUAAAGGCUUAGGUGCUACAGCUCAGGAGGUCAUGAACGAAAUUUCCGAGAAGAAUCCACAGGUCCUGACAGCAAACAUCAAGGAGUUAUGCAAAACUUUGGAGGAUGAGGCACCAACGGAGACGAAAGAGAACGAGCCAGGCACCGUGGCAACCUUGAAAGCAUGCGCAGUAUUUGCCAAAAGCAAGACUGAAUCCAAGUCACUUCCAAAAGACCGCAAGUUUACUCAAACAUUGGUCAACUACGCAUCUUUUGGAACACCACCUAAGGCUGCCAAAUAUGCGAUAACUCUUUUGAUGGCUGCCACCGACCGAAAAGAGAUGCAUGCAAAGGAUAUUUUGGAGAAGUCAUCAAAAGAUUGGAAAUAUGGAGAGGGUCAUUUCUUGACAAAGUUGGCAGCGAUCAGUCAGUUGCAGCUAUUAUCACCCAAGAUUGCCGAUGACUAUAGUAAUGAGAUUCUUGAAAUCACCACCAAAAACCUUCUUUUACAGGUCCGAACUCCAGCGAAAGACACUGACCCCAGCUGGCAAAAUGAUGAUGAACUGGACGAAGAAUGCCAAGCUAAGUGUUGGGCUCUGAAAAUUCUAGUGAACAGGCUUCGUACAGUUGAAGAGGCAGAAAUAAAAACUGUUGCUCAGCCCGUCUAUAAACUUUUGAACACACUGAUCGUUAAUGACGGAGAGCUUUCAAAAAAGCAGGAUACCCCCAGACAUCAUAAAUCUCGGUUGAGGUUAUUAGCAGCACAGUUAAUGCUCAAGCUUUGCACUACUCCAGCAUUUGACGAACUUUUAACUCCCGCUCAAUUUGACCGGCUAUCUUUCGUGGCUCAAGACGAGCACAUGAAUGUUAGAAGAGGUUUUGUCGAAAAGCUUCAAAAGUACUUGGUUAAGGACAAGCUCCCUGAUCGUUUUUACACAAUCAUUUUCUUGACUGCUUUCGAGCCGGAACAAAACUUCAAAAACUCAAUCAUCACAUGGAUUCGUUCUCGUGCGAAAGUCUUUGCUGAAUCCAAGUCUAUGGUACUGGAGAAAACUCUCCCACGACUUCUCUCACUCUUAGCACAUCACCCAGAUUAUAGUGUCGAACCCAGGGAACUUAUCGAUCAUGCUCGUUACAUUUUAUACUACGUAUCUUCUAUUGCGUCCGAAGACAAUCUAGGUCUUAUCUAUAAGUAUGCUCAAAGUGUCAAACAGGCUCGAGAUUCUAUCAAUCCUGUUGAAUCAGAAAACCUAUACGUCUUAAGUGAUCUCGCUCAAGCAGUAAUAUCAAAGUGGGAAGUUAAGAAGGGUUGGACUAUGCAGUCUUACCCGGCCAAAGUUAGGGUUCCUGCGAAAUUGUUCGGACCACUUCAAUCUCACAGUAUAGCUCAAGAAAUCGCUGAAAAGAACUUCAUACCAGAAGAAAUGGAUGAGGAAUUAGACAAGUUGAUUAGAAAUGUGGACAAAAAGAAGUCACAAAAACGAAAAUCUAUGGACGAAUCUUCUCUCCCUGUAGCCAAGAAACAGAAAUCGGAAGGGAGACCUAAAUCAGCAGCUCCCAAGAAAGAAAGAGUAGUCAAAACUCCUAAGCCAAAGAAAAUUAAAGAGCCAAGAACUCCAGCUAUUAGUAGUGCAGAGAGAAGAAAGAGUGGAAGAGGUGCCAGUGCUAGAAAGAGUUAUGUUGAUAGGGAUGAUAGUGAGGAUGAGGAUGAAAUGUUGGAAGGAGUUAGUAAGUGGGAGUACUUUGAUAAUGAUGGUAAUAGGGUGGAGCCAGAGGAUGAUGAGGAUGAGGAUGAGGAUGAGGAUGAGGGUGAUGCUGAGCAGGAUGAAGAUGAUGUUGAGGAAAAUGAAGAUGAUGCAGAGGAAGAAGAACCGAAGCCAAAAUCGACAGGGAAGGGAAAGGCAAAGACAAGGACACCCAAGAAAUCAGCCCGGACUGCGGUCAGCGAAGAUGAGGCUGAGCAAGAGGAUGUGGUUAUGGAAGAUGAGGCAGAACCCGAGGUUGAAGCUGAACCUGAACCUGAAUCAGAGGCCGAACCUAUACCACCACAAUCUAAACGUGGAGCAAGAGCAGCAGCUAAAUCAAAAGCAAAGGCAAAAACACCCUCUAAAGCCAAAAAUCAAGCUCCUGUCACUGAGGAUGAGAGUGAGGUUGAGCAAGUCCAAGAAGAUGUGGAUAUGGAAGAGGAACUCGUAUCUUCGCCUCCAAAACGCGCUUCUAGAUCUGCUAAAGCUACACCUAAGGGUAAGAAAUCGAAUGGCAAAAAAAUUACAUCGCAGGAGGAGGUCGAAUUAGACGAAGAUGACGCGGCAGAUGCGAAUGAUGCAGUAGAAUCAGCUGAUUCGGUAGCACCGGAAGAAAUAACGAUACCUACUCCUUCUCCUCCACGCGCCAAAACAAAUACUAGGAACCCUAGAGCUUCUGGUAGGGGAAGAAAUGGUAGAGGGAAGAAAGCAGUCAGUCCGGAACCUGAAGCCGAGAUUGAAGAAGAGCAAGUACUUCAAACAGAGGACUCUCCUGCAGUUGAGGCAGAAGAUGAAGAUGUAGAAAUGGCUGAUGAACCUGAAUUCCAAGUUGAUGUCGAAGAAGAACCUCAAACUAACGGUAAAAACACUCGUGGUAGUAAGAGAUCUAGUGGGAAUACAUCUACGUUACCUGUUCAAACGAAAUCGAAGGUAAAUAGACAGGCAUUGAAACCGACAAGGAACAUAAGGGGAAAGGUUCAAGAAGUGGAGGAGGAAGUUGUGGAGGAGGUGGUUGAAAGUACACCAGUCAGUGCAAAGGCUAGUAAGGGAAGGAAGAUUAAGGAUGUAGUUGGAAGUGGUAGAACGACGAGGGGAAGAGCCAAAUGA